CGCUAGGUGAACACCUGGAGGGAGAUAUAAAGCUGUGUGGUGGAGGUCGAAGGAUCGGCUCUGGGAGGAGAGCGCGGGUGCUCUGCGCGCCUCUAAUUGAUUGAUUAGAUUGUAAAUAGGCAGAGCUGCUGGAGGCUUUGUAUCGGGGGACGGAAUUUGAGAAAUUUGGGGGAAUGGAUUUUUAAUGAUGAGUGUGAAGUCAUCAAACUUGUCCCGAUCGCUCGCUCGCUCGUUUUCUGUGGAUGGUAGGUUCGAUGCAGAGGUUUGGGAGAAUAUUCAUCGCUGCCUGUGCAGGAAUUUGAAAACCAUCUGUCAAUUUUGAGUACGGCGAGAAGUUGGAUGCUCGGCAGCGACAAUUCAUUGGCCGGAUGAUGGAUCACCGACGGGCUCUGUGAGUGUUCGAGAGGUGAGAUUGCACGAAUUUGAAAUGGCGAUUUUUGGAGGCAGAGAAAGACAUGAUUGUGGUGGGAAGAAGACGAACAAUUGUCAGCGGGCGGGCCAUGGGCGGUGAUAAGUUUCAAGGGGUGCUUGGAUCAGUAGUGCAGUUUCAGAAGCAGGAACAGGGACACGAUGUCGUUGCGUAUCAAAUUAGUCGUAGAGAAUUUUGUGAGGGAUUUGAAGGCAGCUCUAGAGGCCGACAUGCAGGACCGAAUUAUGAAGGAACGAGAAAUGAAGAGCUAUUUGGAGGAAAGGGAGAGAGAAGUAGCAGAGAGAGAGGCCGCAUGGAAGGCCGAGCUCGGCCGAAGAGAGGCCGAAAUUCUGAAGCAGGAAGCUCGUUUGAAGAUGGAGAGGGAGAAUUUAGAGAAGGAAAAGAGCGUUUUGAUGGGAACGGCAUCAAAUCAAGAUCAACAAGAUGGUGCUUUGGAAAUUACUGUUAGUGGCGAGAAGUACAGAUGUCUCCGCUUUUCCAAAGCGAAGAAAUAGGGAGGUCAGUGGCACGUAGUCACGUGAACGCUUACCACCAGCGCCAAUGGAACGGUGACGAAUUGGUUGCGGUCGAAUGCUGUAUUGUUCGCUCUAAAUUGGGAAGUCUUCCGACAGGUUUGAUGUUCGGAAGGCAACAACGAAAUUGCUUAGCAGAGUUGGAGGAGGCGGAGUGUAAUAGGAACUAUACUUCGGCCUUGCUCCCGCGAGAAGCACUGGAUUUUACUUGAAAAACACAUUCUACACUAUCCUUGGGUGUGGCUCUGCAUAUAUUGAGGCAUUGAAUUUCAGCUGGGACGAGUUUCUUUUUCAUAACAGCGACUUGCAGUGUCCGGCAAGAUUAUUCCACGUAAUGAUGAAAUCAAUGUAUUGAGGGCGUAAUCGAAGAAUACGAUGCGCUGUCGAUAACAUCACAUCCGCGUUACUGGUGUUUCCAAUACAGGGUAUUAAGGGCGUACUGCAUCAUUUGAUUGGAGUUGUGACUCAAUCCACCUCUGCAGUCUUCUCAUAACCAACAUACAUCAAGCGAUCAGGCAUUGCCUGAGUCUUGUGAGGACAAUAUAUCUUCGAAAGAUCAAGUCCGCGAACCUCGUCACUCCUCUACUUUGAAUGGGUGCAAAAGUAAAGCGGAUAAUUUCCUCCCACAACUGUUUCCCUCUCCUCGAUGAAAUCUAAGGUGCUUUGGAAGCUUUGGGCCUUUUUGUCAUUGGCAAAAGAAUGAUGUCUAGUAGAGUGUACCACAAUUCGGGUUUGUCCAGUUGAUGUGCCUUGCCCUAUAUAUAGUUCGCCAUUGAUGGUUUUCUUUUGGCUUCGGCUGUACUCUGCUGACUGAGUCUGCCCUUAACCAUGGUU